AUGGAGGAGAUAACUGAGAGGAGUAGCGGUAAUAGUAGUAGCAGUCGAGGUAAUCAGGGAGAAAGUCUACCCAUUGGGAUUCAUGAACCUGACGAAUCCACCCACGAUAUAAAUAAUGAUAAUGAUAAUAAUAAUGAUAAUAAUAAUGAUAAUGGGGAACAUACGCCACUACAAAACAGAGAGCAUAUACCUGAAUGGAUGAAACCAGUGAUGAAUAACAUGACAUUUGCUACUGCCGAGGAACGAAGAUUAUCUCAUUUGAAUUCGUAUUCAUUGUAUCCUACAACAGUACCACCGUUUGCGUUAGAGGAACAAUUCAAAAUUGCUAAAUCAUUGAAAGAAAAACAACAGCAGACUACUGAAACUUCUGAAGAUAUGUUACCAUCAAAUGAUCUUGGAAGUUAUAGUUGGACUGAUAUUGCAGAAAAUAUAGGUUCAAAUGUUGCGUAUGCCGAUGAUCAAAAAGUUAAUAUAAUGACAUCUAAUCGUCCAAAGAUAUCUAGAAUGGCUACAAGAAGUUCUAAUUUUACUGAAUCAUCCUUCUCAAGUGGUAGUAUGGAUGAAGAAGAAAAAAUGAAGAUACGAAGAGAAGUAUUACAAGAUUUAAAUGAAGAAUGGGGAGGUGAAGAAAGAUUACAAGCAUUAUAUAAUUUACCUAUGCAAUCCGAUUUCCAAUUUAAGACUCAAAAGGAUCGUAAUGAAUGGGCUACGUAUGUAGCAAGAGCUAAACAGAUAUACUAUGGUAAAAAAUUGAAUAAGAAAACCGACCAAGAUGAUAUGACUCAAGAAUUACGUGCUCCAUUGGGGUCAAUGUCGGGACAACAAAGUAUAAGAAGUAGAAGGAUAGAUUGGUUAGAAGACUUUAAUGCAGAUAAAGAACGAUGGAGGAAAAUUAGAGAUAAGAAGAUGAAAAAAUGGAUGCCUAAGAUAAGUAGUAUAUUGAUUGAAAAUCAAUAUUUACCUCUAACAUUCAGAAUUUGUAUAACUAUUCUUUCAUUAGCCUCUUUGGGUCUUGCAGUAAGAAUAUUUCAAAACUCAGACGCAAAUAUAGCAAAUAUUGAUGGGAAGAUUCCUCAAGAACCAAGUACAAUUAUGGCCAUUUGUGUUAACUCCAUUGCUGUUUUCUAUACGAUAUACAUUGCUGGCGAUGAAUUCUCAGGGCAACCAAUAGGGUUAAGAAACCCAUUAAGCAAAUUGAAAUUGAUUUUGUUGGACCUUUUAUUUAUUAUCUUUUCCAGCGCCAAUUUGGCAUUAGCAUUUAAUACAAGAUAUGAUCAACAAUGGGUUUGUACUACCGAUUAUAUGGAUAGUGGUCUAUACAAAUUCCCUAGGAUAUCAUACAUUUGUAGGAAACAAAAAGCAUUAUCCUCGUUCUUAUUCGUAUUAUUAUUCAUGUGGGUCGGCGUAUUCAUUAUUAGCAUCAUUAGAGUCGUCGAAAAGGUGAGUUCGAACUUCUCAAGAAAUUAA